AUGGGAGACAGAAUGCUGCCCAGUGUGACACAGGAGGGAACCCAUGUUCCCAAGGACAGCCACCCAAAGCUUGAGCCUGUGCCCAAAUCGUCAAACUGUGGGAAGAAAAAGGAGAAAAGAAAGUGGCUGCAGCAAGAAACCAAUGUCCAGACCCUCACCAGGGCUGGCCUCAUGGCUCUGCAGGCUGGUCAGGUUCAGGAGGCCUUGGGCAGCUUCCACAAGACCUUCCUGCUAGCCUCCAAGGUCCCAUCUUCCAGAGACAGCUCUGUUCUUCAAGCCUGCGCCUUCAAUCUGAGUGCUGCUCCGGUCAUAGGACUUGAGCUACUUCUGAGAGCCCAUCCUGAAGAGAAGUCCAAAGGCUGGUGUCGUGCUGACCAGUGCUUCAAUGUGGCUUUGGCUUCGGCGCUUGGUGAACUGACCCAAGCUUUGGACUGGUACCAUAGGGCUCUGGGCAAUUACCAGACCCAGGGUGACCAUGGGGAAACACAGGCAAAAAUGGGAGCGUGCUGUCAGGCCCUGGGAUGGCCUAAACAAGCAGCCUGCAAUUUACAGGAAACAAGCCGGGCCUAUGCUCAUGCAGGCCAGCACUGGGAUGCAGCCCUGGCUCAGGUGGCUGCCGUAAGAUGCAUGCUGAGCAGUGGGCAACGUAGGUUGAGUGAAGCGCUGCAGGUGCUGCACGCUCUGGAGGAGCACUCUGAUGCUGACCAGAGCACUGCUCAGGGCCUGCUAGGGCUGCUCUACAAUGACCUAGGCAUGGCUCACUUCCAACUUCAACUGUUUCCUCUGGCAGUAGAGGCCUUCCUGCAGGCCCUACCCUGGUGUCAACAGCCAGCAGACCAGGCAACAGUGUUUCAGAACCUUGGAGUGACCUGCCAUGUCCUGGCCACUAUCAAGAAGGAUAUGGUGGAAAAUCGCUGCUUCAACCCUAACACUCUAGAAGUAGAGACAGAUUUCUGUGAAUUACACCAGUCAGGCUCGUCGGAGCUUGGCGGCCUGGCAUUCUCACUGAGCCAACUGGAAGACCACAGGGCUGCUUGGGACAGCUAUUUCCAUGCCCUGCGGGGACAUGAAGGGACAGGGCAGGCCUGUGACGGCCUUGGGGCAGCUUCUGCCAGACUCGGACAACUUGACCAGGCCGUGAAAUACUGUAAGAGAGCGCUGGCCCAGUGUCAGCAUGAACCAGGUUCUGUGCGGGAGCGGCUUGUGGCCAGGCUGGUGGGUGCCAGAAGGGCCUUUUUGGCUCAGGAGAGGCUAGCCCAGGCUCAUAUCCUGCCCUCGGCUCCAGGAAGGCUCAGGCCAAGUGCAAGGGUUUUCUGGCCAGAGGUGGAGAGCUGA